AUGGCCGAAACCCGCCAUCUUAUCCUCGGGGUUUCCGCUGCCUCCAUCGAGCUUAUCCAGCAGCUAUCAUGGUCUAUGAUCAAACCCCAAAGUCGCGGCAGAAGUCCUGUGAAGGAUGCAAGUCCGCAAAGCGUCGAGCCACAUCCGACGGACAUGAUUCAAGGUCGAGUCGUAUCGCAUAUGAAUGGCGCGAAUGACGAGUGUUAUCACAGCUUAUGGCUGUCUCCAGCGGACGAGGUGCACUUAUCGCCAGAUUUUGAAUUGUCUGUUGCGAGGGCAAGGGCCCAACCACCGAAGCCUCUGUCCGAAAUCCUUGCCUCGCGGCUACAAUAUUCCAUCGACGUUUUCAGGGACGCACCGCGAAUGAUGAUUAUGGAAAAUCAAACUCCGUGGUGUCACCCUCAGCUAUACAAGAAUAAAAUGCCAAAGGUCAUGCAAGAUGCAUAUUCAUGCUGCUCGAUGUACCUUUCUAAGAAUGAGAUAAACGCGCCAGUCAUUAUGAAUCUUACCGAUGCGAAAAUAAACGAACUCCUAUCCACAACACACCCGACCACGCUACCUGAAAUUCUUGCUCGAGUACAUGCUUUGAUUCUCUACCAAAUAAUGCGGCUCUUUGACGGCGACGUCUUGUUUCACCGCUCGACCGACACACUCUUUCCCGAACUGGAGAACUCGAUAUUCACUCUCAUGCCCUUCUUACAUCUACCCCGCCCAUCUGACUCCGUGUAUCCUCUCCCGGUAUCUAUGGAAUCCAUCAGCGAAUUCUGGAAAUCCUGGAUCUUACAAGAAUCCGCCCGAAGAACAGUCCUCAUUACAUUUUUCUUCACAAGAAUAUACAAAACCCUGCGCGGCACUCGAGACAUGCAAUGCGAUGGCACACUGGGUCUAGAGCAUGCAUGGUAUCUAUCAUCCCAUCUAUGGAGUUCCCAGAGCGCAUUUGAUUUUGCAGUGGCGUGGGCAGAAAAGCCACAUUUUGUUGUGGAGAACUUGAACUUCUCCUGGGUUUUGGGUAACGCGCAACCAGAUGACGUGGAUCAGUUUGGGAAGAUGCUUCUUGUCACCCUGCUUGGGAUUGACGGUGCGAAGGCGUGGUUCUAUGCGAGGAAUGCAAUUCUCUGA